GUCGCGAUGUACAACACGGUGUGGGAUAUGGACCGCGAUGACACGGACUGGAGGGAAGUGAUGAUGCCCUAUUCCACUGAGCUGAUAUUUUACAUUGAGAUGGACCCUCCAGCUCUUCCUCCAAAGCCCCCCAAACCAAUGACUCCAGUCAAUACGAAUGGAAUGAAGGACAAUUCCAGUUUCUCUCUGCAAGAAGCAGAGUGGUACUGGGGGGACAUCUCAAGGGAAGAAGUAAAUGACAAACUACGAGACAUGCCCGACGGAACCUUCCUGGUGCGCGAUGCAUCAACCAAGAUGCAGGGGGACUACACUCUGACGUUACGGAAGGGUGGCAACAAUAAACUGAUAAAGAUCUAUCACCGGGAUGGAAAAUAUGGCUUCUCUGAUCCACUGACAUUCAAUUCGGUUGUGGAGCUGAUCAACCACUACCGCAACGAGUCUCUGGCUCAGUAUAACCCAAAGCUCGAUGUCAAGUUGAUGUACCCAGUGUCCCGGUACCAGCAGGACCAGUUGGUGAAAGAAGAUAAUAUAGAUGCAGUAGGUAAAAAGCUUCAAGAAUACCAUGCUCAGUAUCAGGAAAAGAGUAAGGAGUAUGACAAGUUGUAUGAAGAAUAUACCAGAACAUCACAGGAAAUUCAGAUGAAGAGGACAGCAAUUGAAGCAUUUAAUGAAACCAUUAAGAUAUUUGAGGAGCAGUGCCACUCACAGGAGCGCUACAGCAAAGAGUACAUCGAGCGCUUUCGCAGGGAGGGGAACGACAAGGAGAUUGAACGGAUAAUGAUGAACUAUGAAAAGCUAAAAUCACGUCUGGGUGAGAUCCACGACAGUAAAAUGCGCCUGGAACAAGAUUUGAAGAAGCAGGCUCUGGACAACAGGGAGACUGAUAAGAAAAUGAAUAGUAUCAAGCCUGACCUAAUUCAGCUCCGCAAAAUCAGAGAUCAGUAUCUUGUAUGGCUCAAUCACAAAGGAGUGAGACAGAAGAGAAUAAAUGACUGGCUGGGGAUCAAAAAUGAAAAUAUUGAUGACACAUACUUCAUGAAUGAAGAAGAUGAAAACCUGCCACACCAUGAUGAGAAAACUUGGUUUGUUGGGGAUCUCAACCGUAUCCAGGCGGAAGACUUGCUCUGUGGGAAACCCGAUGGAGCAUUUUUAAUCCGCGAGAGCAGCAAGAAAGGAUGUUAUGCUUGUUCUGUGGUAGCUGAUGGAGAAGUGAAACACUGUGUGAUCUACAGCACUCCGAGAGGUUACGGGUUUGCAGAACCAUAUAACCUGUACAGCACACUUAAAGAUUUGGUUCUUCAUUACCAGCAGACAUCCCUUGUCCAACACAAUGAUUCCCUAAAUGUCAGGCUUGCCUAUCCUGUCUACGCACAGAUGCCCCCCUCUCUCUGCAGAUAAAUUUGGAGGAGGAGGAAAGUGUUGGCUAUCUUGGAUUCUUUUCUACAGUUUUUACUAGAACUUGGAGGGCAUUCUUUCUCCUUAGACUGCUUGUUUUGCACAAGAAGAGAUUCUGUGAAUGUGAAUCAAAAAGAGGCCUAGCAGCAACAAGAUGACAACGUGGGUGUAGGUGUCCUGGUGCUACUUUUAAAGGCUCAGCUGUGCUUUUACACUGAUACUUGUGUUUCCUUAUGAGGGGAAUAAACUCAAC